CUCAGUCUGACCGUCCCACCGCCGCCCGGAGGAGCUGCUCUCACUCCGCAGCUCAAGUUCACAAACCCGCUGGCUGUGCAUGCAGAGUUUGGGUAGGCUGUCCCGGUGUGUGUGUGCGUGCGUGUGUGUGUCUUUGCCCGCAUUAUUGUUUUGCUUUGGAUGGACAGACCGACUUCUGAUCAACUUUAGAUAUUUUUCUGGUCAGGACGGACUCAAACAUUUAAACUUUUUUUAAAACUUUUUGAACAUUUACCAGCUGUGUUUCCUUUCUGUCCAGACUGUUUUUUGUUGAUGGCGCGGUCUAACCAAGAUGGACACGGUUUGUCUGCCGGUUGGAGACUAGAUAACGGCUUCACCCAUUAAAUCUAAAUGUAGACUUUAUUUAAUUAUCCGCUGAAACCGUAUUAUUUAUCAACUGGAUGUAACCGGACUGGGUCAUUCCCCCCCCCAGAGGUCACAUCCUAUAAUGAACAUUUUCCCACUGAAGUUUCGGUGAACUUUUCCCACGACUCGCCAUGUCGGGAGUGGUCCGCACCCUGAGCCGCUGCCUGCUCCCGGCCGAGGCCAGCCGGGACGCCGGCAGCAGCAAGGAGAGGAGCCGGGAGAGGGACGCGGCGCAGGAGCGGGAGGCGCGGCGCAGGAGCCGGGAGAUAGACGCGAUGCUCGCCCGGGAGAGGAGAGCCGUGCGCCGGCUGGUGAAGAUCCUCCUGCUCGGGGCCGGAGAGAGCGGAAAGUCCACAUUCCUCAAACAGAUGCGCAUCAUUAACGGGCAAGAGUUUGAUAAAAAAGCACUUCUGGAUUUCCGGGACACUAUAUAUGAGAAUAUACUGAAGGGCAUGCGUGUGCUGGUAGACGCCCGGGACAAGCUGGGCAUCAGCUGGCAGAGCUGUGAGAACGAGAAGCAGGGCAUGCUGGUGAUGUCGUGGGAGGGACGUGUGGGCGGCUCGGGGGUCGAGCCAAGUGAGUUUCAGCUGUACGUGAUGGCACUGAGCGCACUUUGGGCAGACACCGGCAUACAGGAGGCCUACGCACGACGCUCUGAGUUCCAACUGAGUGAGUCAGUCAAAUACUUCCUGGAUAACUUGGAUCGUAUUGGUCAACUGAACUUUAUCCCAAGCAAGCAGGACAUUUUGUUCGCGAGGAAGGCGACUAAAGGCAUCGUCGAGCAUGACUUUAUCAUCAAGAAGAUUCCUUUCAAGAUGGUGGAUGUUGGAGGGCAGAGGUCCCAGAGGCAGAAGUGGUUUCAGUGUUUCGACGGGAUCACAUCGAUACUCUUCAUGGUUUCGUCGUCAGAGUACGAUCAGGUCUUGAUGGAGGAUCGAAGGACAAACCGUUUGGUGGAGAGUAUGAAUAUCUUUGAGACGAUCGUCAACAACAAGCUCUUCCUGAACGUGUCCAUCAUCCUCUUCCUCAACAAAACAGACCUGCUGGUGGAAAAGAUUCGCACGGUGGACAUCCGCAAGAACUUUCCCGAAUACAGAGGAGACCCACGCAGGCUAGAGGAUGUACAGGCGUUCCUGGUGCAGUCGUUCAGCCGUAAGAGGAGAAACCGGGGGAAGCCGCUCUUCCACCACUUCACCACUGCGGUAGACACAGAAAAUAUCCGUUUUGUCUUUCAUGCCGUCAAGGACACCAUCCUGCAGGAAAACCUCAAAGAUAUCAUGCUGCAGUGACCUUCACGCUGCAGAUGACCGCUUCUCUGACUGUAAACUGUGAAACCAGCCACAAAUCUAGGCCUGGAGGACUGCAGCGCAGGCCUGCUUCAUUCUGACACUACAGCCCACGAGUGCAUAUUAACACUGACCUGUGGAGCAGCCAGUGGACCCACAGUGUGGAUUUAGCUGAACUCUGAACCUGUGGAGCCAUGAAUUAACUCUGGACCCAUUGGUCUACGUUGACCCCUGUGGAAACUGUGAGGGUCAUAGAGGACAAGAUCCUGCAUUUAAUCUGUAUAAAUGUGUGCAUGCUGGAAAGACAGUCACCUUCUCCUCCUUGUAGCUCUCAAGUGUUCUCGCCUUUAUACGCAGGUGAGAAAAUGUUUUUAAAAAGAAGAAAGAAAAAAAAUAGAGAAAAGCACCAACUACAUGACAUUAGCACUGAAAGUGUUUUUUUCUCAGAUGUGUGUGUGUGUGUAUAUAUAUAUAUAUAUAUAUAUAUAUAUAUAUAUAUAUAUAUAUAUAUAUAUAUAUAAUCAGAGUGUAUAUAUAACUAAUGACAACCCUGUCACUAAACCAAGUCAGACUGCUGCCGGUUUAAAUGUAGCUGUGUGAGCAAGAAGCAGGAGGGAAGAAAGAAAGAGUAAGGAAUCAAGAAAGUUUAGAGCGAGCUGAAGAAUGCCUUGUCCAAAUGUACAUGUGACAGAGGGAGAGGGGUGAGGGUUUGGGCCCAUACUGGUCAUAUGCUGUGUUAUGUGAUAAGGUUGCACAAGUGUUCCUGUCAAUGAACUUUAACAGAGGACAGAGAUAAAUCUUGCUUAUGCUCCCUGUUCUCUCCUGUGCUGUCGUUCUCUCUAUCUUUACCUCUCCUCCCCUUGCUUGUGUUUACCCUCCUGCUCCCGCCAUCAUACAAGAGAUGAACAGCUGCAGACCUUAUCCUCUCCCUCUCCACUGCUCUGCUCUCCUCUCUGACACAAUAGACAGAUUGUUUGUCUCCUCCUUCUCCAGCAGUAGACGGUCAAAUUAGAGACUCUUCUUAGUUUAAAGAAAAAUGCACGCACAGAAACACACAGCUCCUGGUCUUGCAUAAAUUAUGGUUCAUCUCUUUUGCUAUGCCUUUCUUCUAUUUCCCACCAACAUCCCAGUAGAAGUACCACGACAGCCUAGACUUAACCUGGGGCAUAUUAUAAGUAUCCCCUUUACAAGAAGGCUUUGGUAUACGGUUACACUACUCAUUCCUAUUCUUUUGUCCUGUAAGCGUGAAGGGAACGGCAAACAAUGACAAGGUUGAACUGUAAAUGACCUUAUUCCCACGUUGCCGGCGGCCAUUUUGGGCUUCUAUAGCAGUCGGGAAGGGAAGUCUACCUUGAGGACUGGCACAAAACAUCAAAACAAGCCAGACUGAACAAAAACACAAGGAAGUUGGCUAACUUAUGCAGAUUAUACACAAUGAGUUUCUUUCCUCCAACAAGUUUUUUCUAUAUCAGGAAACUCAGGAGUUUAUUAUCACACUAAUACCAAGUUAAUACCAUAGAGAACAAAUCGUCAUCCAUUUAUAUAAAGUUUGUUUGUAGUCAGUUAAACCACUGGUCAGGUCUAGUGCUGCAACAAUUAGUUGAUUAAUCGAUUAGUCAACAUCGACAGAUAAUUAAUGAGCAACAAUUUUGAUAGUCAAUUAAUUGUAAUUUAUCAAGAAAACAUGCUCAAAUGUGACAAUUUGCUGUGGGUUUUCCCCCCUGUGUUAUAUCAUUGUGAAGUGAAUGUGUUUGUUGGGCAAAGCAAGUCAUUUAAAAAUGUCAUUUUAAAGCUGCACUAGUCAAUAUUUUUAUAUUAACAAUAGAAUAAUGACUGUUUAAUGUGAAAAGGGUCGCUCAUAGUGAUGAAUCCACAGGGAAUUAUCACUCGACUCUGCACUUCCCCUUUUUAGCGCCUUUCAGCUCAUAGUUUUGGUUUUACGGCCCACAACUCGGUUCACUCAAACAGCAGACAGCAGUUUUCAGCAAAAAACACUCUGAUAAACCCACUUUAUACUACCUGUUCAGCACCAAACAGCAGGCAGACAAAGUUAGCAGCUAACCAGCAAACAUUGGAGCAGCUAUUUACCUCAGGAGGUGGUUGAGACCAAACCAGAGCUAAAAGGGGAGUGAAUAUAGGUAUUACAUUCCUGAGGUGACCAGAAAUACGACUCCAAAUGAAUGUUGCUCUGUGUCUGAUGGAUGUAUUAAUAAGCAACUGUUUUCUAAUACGCUCACUCUAUUAACUUUAUAAGGUGAUAAUACACUCAGUGGCCACUUUAUUAGGUACACCUGCUUGUUAAGGCAAAUAUCAGCCAAUCAUGUGGCAGCAGCUCAAUGCAUAAAAGCAUGCAGACGUGGUCAAGAGGUUCAGUUGUUGUUCAGACCAAACAUCAGAAGGGGGAAGAAAGGUGAUAGUAGCAGAAUUGACUUUGACCGUGGAAUGAUUGUUGGUGCCUGACAGGGAGGUUUGAGUAGCUGAUGAUCUCCUGGGAUUUUCACACACAAGAGUCUUGUCAAAAGUCAAACACUCUGAGUUUACAGAGAAUGAAAAACGGAAAACAUUCAGUGAGUGGCGAAAACGCCAUGUUAAUGAGUGAGGUCAGCGGAGAAUGGCCAGACUGGUUCAAGCUGGUGAUAGUAACUCAAAUAACCAGGCGUUACAACAGUGGCCACUGAGUGAUGUCACUGUUGUGGUUACAGCUUGUUGCGAUGUCCCCAGGUGGCCAAAAAAUCACUAAUUGCAGGUUUAAAGACCAAAUGAUUAAUCGAUUAAUCAAAACAAUAACCAACAGAUUAAUCACUAAUGAAAAUAAUCACUAGUUGUAAUCUUGUUUCACCAGUGAGAGUUAACUGGUAAUGUAGCAUAAAGAAAAAUUACUGUUGCUAUGGUUACUUGCAGUUUAAUAUACCUUUGCGCACUGAUUUAUGAUGGUGGUUAAACUGAGCACAAUGAUGUCUGAGAUGUCCUGUUAUGUGGUUUUAAUGGAUGUCUGCCAGCCAAACAGAAACAUUUAUUUUCUAAAUACGUUCAAAUUUGAACCCAUAUCCUUCUAUGGAUUCUUCAAAUCAGUUUCUAAUAUGUUGGUGUGGAGAAGUGGAGAAUCUGAAUCUGAAUGAAAUGAAAAUGCUGAUUUGAUUCCCAACAUGAUGUGCAUUUUGGUACGCAGCAGUAGGACACAACUGCGCUGCUUCUCCCACCCUGAGUAUUAAGUCCAAAUGACCUCGAGGGGAAUGAGGCUAAUCAUGAGCACUUCCACACGCGUUAUUAUAAUACUGUAUCAAACUGUGUAAUUUGUGUGUGUUUGCAUAGUGACAUAAGGCCCUUUUGUGCAUGUUCAUACAUCUUGUACAUACAAUACUGUAAGUAUUUGACUGACACUGUGUGUAAUGUGGUAACCUUACAAUACAAACACCACUCUGUCUAACAGUAUCACUGUAACUGUAACAUUGCUGCAGCAUAUGUUGUUAACUAACCUACCUUUUCCACUCACACAAGUUUUUUGUAAGUGUCAUUGCACUGGAUGAGUCCGAGAGAAAACAACCAGAAAGGAAAAUGUCCGGGGGAAAAAAAAAAAGGCAAUGAAACAAAUAAACAGACGGCAGACUUUUAAAAGCGAGCAGAAUGGAGGCAAGGGAUGAAAAGAGGGAGGUCUGCUGCUUUUGUUUUUUGUUUCCCAGUGCCUUGGCUCUGUGCUCUGUGGUGAAAUACACUGCCGUUUGCUGA